AUGACGGACGCGCGCCGAGCCUCGCCGCCCGCGGAGGCCGCCCACCCAGCGCCGAGACAGGAGCCGCACAGAGACGGUGCCCCCGCGGCCGACCUGACGGCCUCUGUGUGGAUGUCCCCCUCGCAAACCGCUGAGAAGCCCCCACGCCAAAAACGCGCGCCACGUGCCACCGAGGAGCUGUACCAACAGCCCCGGCCUCCCGGCCCGCCCUGCCGGAAGUCCCGCCCUACCGGAAGUCCCGCCCCCGCGCCGGCCCGCGCGCCCGCAGCCGGCGCCGAUGCAGGACGCGGCAGCUGCCCACAGGCUGUCGGGCCCGGGGGCUCACACCCACGUAACUCCCCGGUGCUGGAACAGAGGCUUCGAAGCGGCGAGCCGCGAGGGCGGGGCGCGGACGUCACACAGGACGUUCCAGUCUUCCAUCAUUCAACAGAUAGGAACAAGGACCGUCAGAAAGUUUGGGGAUCACCUUCAGAUCCUGUACAUUUUGAACUGGAAGCAUCUCCUGAAAAAUUAGAAAGCAUGUCAGAAGUGGAUGCCAUGAAUUUCAGCAGUUUUUCUCAAGGCUUCGCUCACUCAAGUUCUCCCUUCUUUAUGGAAACCAGCAGUACCACUUCAGACUGGCCUCAGAAUGAAAUAAAGAAUGUAAAAAGGGAAAAUGAGUCCAAAUUCACACUUUCUGAAGAAAUUUAUAGCACGCUAGACGAUUUGUUAGGUGAUGUCCACAUUGGAAAUUACUCACAGAAUGUACCAACUCAGCCGAUUGACACCAGCAUUUCUUCCUUCAGACAGUUUGAACCCACUUGUAAACUUCAUCAGACAGAAGCAUUUAAUAAUGAAAUGAUAACAUUUCAAAAUCUGACAGAAGGCUUACCUUACACAGAGAAGCCAGAAUUGCAAAGUCAAGUAUAUAAUUAUGCAAAAGACACCAAUAUAAAGGAAGGUCCAUUUAAGGAAGAAAAUCCAAAGGGAACUAGCACUUCCACAAAUAAAGAGCAGCUUGCUCAUGAGUGUGUCAGACAACCUCCUAGAGGGCCGCCUCCAAUCCACUGCAAUGGAGAGACGCUGAAAUUCACGGAAAUGUCACUGGCUGAAAGUACUCCCGCGGAAUCUGCCCUCAACACUGGUCAACCUCAAAGUUUCUUGUGUAAGGAAAAUCUUGCAUUUUCUUCAAAAGGAAUACAGAAUUCUGGGGAUAUUCCUAAGACGUCAGCCAGUCACCAACAGGCAGUAACAGUGGAGGGCGUGGACAGUCCAGGGGUUGCCUCACCUGGGUCUCCUGCAGGCGCUUCUUCGAGUGAUGGAGCAUCUCAGGAGGACUGCAGGACACCUGACACAGAGCAAAGCUUGGAAAGCUUACAACCUCUGGAAGAGGAUUUGGCUUUAAAUGAAGUCUUACGGAAAUUAAAACAUACUAACAAAAAGCAGCAAACUCUGAUCCAAGACCUACAGUGUAGUAAAAUGUAUUUAGAGAGGAAGGUUGAAGAGCUACAGAUGAACACUUCCAAACAGCAAGUGUUCGUUGACAUCAUAAAUAAGCUAAAGGAGAAAGUCGAAGAAUUAAUUGAAGAAAAAUACAGAGUCAUGCUAGAGAAGAAUGAUAUGGACAAGACACUGCAGAAUUUCCAUGAGAUUUUAGCUAACACCCAAACACUUCUUCAGAAAUCUAGGAAUGAAAAGGAAACCUUACAACUAGAGCUUAAGAAGAUGAAGGGCAAUUAUGUUCGUCUCCAGGAAAGGUACAUGACUGAAAUGCAACAAAAAAAUAAAACUCUAAGUCAGUGCAUAGAGAUGGACAAAACCUUAAGCCAGAAGGCAGAAGAGGUAGAGAGGCUGCAGCUACUCAAAGGAGAGUUGGAAAAGGCCACCACUUGUGCUUUGGACUUGUUGAAAAGGGAAAAAGUGGCCCGAGAACAAGAGUUCCUGUCUUUACAUGAAGAAUUUCAGAAACAUGAAAAGAAAAACCUGGAAGAAAGACAGAAACUGAAAUCCAGCCUUGAGAAAUUGGUGGUGCAAGUUAAAAAUUUGCAAUUCAUAUCUGAAAGUGAAAAGGCUGAGAAUAUAAAACUUCAGCAGCAGAUCGAUGAAGUCAAAAAUGAAAAUGCAAAACUCCAGCAUCAGGUUGCAAGGACUGAGGAGCAAAGUUACCCCAAAUCUGCGAUAGCUCAGUUAAAGGAGCACUUGGGGGAUGUGAUGGAGUCAGAUAUCACAAAGGAUGCAAAGAUAAUACAUUCUAAUUUGGUCCUGAAUCGCUCGCCUUGUGAAGAUGAGAGCCUGAAUCCCCCAGAUGUGAAAAUAACUUCUCAGCUGGCCUCCAAAAUUCGCAAUCUUCUGGCUCUGGUGGUAGGACUUCUUACACGCCAGGACAUCACCAAUCCUGAUGCUGAACAUUUCAAAGAGAGUGAGAAAGUGAGUGAUAUAAUGCUAGAAAAAUUGAAGAGCUUCCACCUUAAAAAGAAAAAUUUAGAUAUACAGCUACUGAAACAUAAAGACAGAAUCACAACCCUUAGAGAGUUAAUUGCUAACGAAAAAGCAUUUCAAGAUCAGGUUAUUGAGGUUACAGACUUUGAUUCAAAUGAAGCCAAGAAGGUCAGAGAUGUACCUCUCUUAUUGGGAGCCAAACUGGAUAAGUACCACAAUCUAAAUGAAGAGCUUGAUUUCCUGAUUGCAAAAUUGGGAAAUCUUUUAGAGUCAAAAGAAGACCACUGCAACAGACUCAUUGAAGAGAAUGACAAGUAUCAAAGACAUGUAGGCAACUUACUAAAUAAGGUUAUAUCAUAUGAAGAAAUUAUUGAAUGUGCUGACCAAAGGCUCGAGAUAUCCCACUCCCAGAUUGCACAUUUAGAAGAGAGAAAUAAACAUUUGGAAGAUUUAGUUAGGAGGCCCAGAGAGAAAGCCAGAAAACCAAGACUAAGAAGAUUAGAAAAUCAUCCCAAGUCCAUGACCGUGAUGCCAGAAAUUUUAGAACGAAACAGAAAUGAUUUAGAUUAAACAGGACUGAAGAUUAAACAUUAAUCAUUUUUGUCAACCACUCCA